AUGACCGGUGGGUAUGAGAGACUGCGCAGUACCUCGUUGUUGGCUGCUGGCCUAACUCCUGACUGCGAAGCUGGUCAGUUAAACGUUCGUCUGGAUGAGUUGGUUCGUCGUUUUUGGGAAGUUGAAAGCUUGGAAGAGCCUAUUGUAAAAGCCACCAAAGAAGGGUUGGAAUGCGAGCAGCAAUUUGCCAAUAACUUCUCCCGCUUACCAUCCGGUGAGUAUUCAGUGCGGUUGCCUCUUAAGCGGAGUGCAGAGCUUCUAGGAGAGUCCUAUGGCCAGGCUUAUCGUCGAUUUCUCAGUCUUGAGCGAAAAUUGGGUCGGAAUUUGCAUCGAAAGGAGCAGUACUCGGCAUUCGUCAAUGAGUUUCUGGAUCUGAAUCACAUGUCGCGAGUUAGUCUAGAGUUGAGUGGCUGUUGUAAAUACUUCCUCCCACAUCAUUGCGUCUUGAAGGAAGACAGCACCACAAGCAAGUUGCGUGUUGUGUUCGAUGGCUCAGCGACGACUGAUUCUGGAUAUUCUCUUAAAGAUGUACUGAUGGCGG